AUGAAGCAGCGCUACUGUGGCGGGACGUGGAACUCGAUCCGAGAAAACUUGGAUUAUAUUCAGAACAUGGGGUUCACCGCCAUCUGGAUUUCACCUGUGAAUAAGAACAUUGAAGGGAGCACUGGUUAUGGAGAAUCGUACCACGGGUAUUGGAUUGAGGAUAUCUCUCAGUUGAAUGCUCACUUUGGGACGGCUAAUGAUCUUAAAGCCCUUAGUGCCGAACUCCAUGCACGCGGAAUGUACCUUAUGGUCGAUAUGGUAGUCAACAAUGUUGUUGCGGCGGGAACUACUGAGCCGGAUCUGUCUUCUUUCUUUUUCAAGCAGCCAUCACAGUACCACCCCUACUGCCCCGUGGACUACAAAAACCAAACCUCAAUUGAGCAAUGCUGGAUGGGUGAUACCAAAGUGGCCCUGGUGGAUGUCAACACUGAGGACGAACAGGUUGUAUCACAAUAUGAGGGUUGGGUCGCCAACUUUGUGCAGGAGUAUGGGAUCGACGGCCUUCGUAUUGACGCCGCCAAGCAUAUCCGUCGUGAUUUUUGGCCGGGGUUUUGCGGUGCAGCUGGAGUAUUUUGUAUUGGUGAAGUCUACGGACCAGACAUAAAGCUCGGGGCUUCGUACCAAGGACCAUUGGAUUCAAUUCUCAACUUUCCCCUGUAUUACGGACUUGUUCAAGCAUUCGGAGAUCCCAAGGCCGCUAACAUGAGCGCUCUCGUUUCUGUAAUCUCCGAUUCUCAGCACACUUUUAAGGAUACAGGGUUGCUUGGUAACUUUUUGGAGAACCAUGAUGUUCCACGGUGGUUCGGUCAACAUAAAGACCCUCAAAGCCUCUACAAUGCUCUGGCAUUUUCUUUUAUGUAUGACGGUAUUCCUGUCGUCUACUAUGGACAGGAGCAGUACUUUCAGGGGAGGGACGACCCAGCUAAUCGUGAACCUCUGUGGCCAUCUUAUUACCUCAAAAACAAUGCGACUCGGUUCAUAGCAUCCCUAAACCAGUUUCGAAACUUUCUAGUGGCAAGGUCUGCCGACCCAGAUGAUUUGGCGAGUCCUAUAUCCGAUUGGCUGCACCAAUCAACCCAAGUUCUCAGUCACACCGAGCAUGAUAUUGUACUCGCCCGGGGUCCCGUUAUCAGUAUCUUAACGGGGCGUGGAUCAGCAGAAUUCAAUGCAAGUGCUUCAGUACUCAACUCUGGGUAUCCAAGCGCGCAACCACUAACUGAUAUCAUUACAUGCUCGCAAUAUGUCACAGGCGCGGGUGGCGCGUUGACGGUAUCCUACGAAGACGGGGGCCAUGCCGUGCUACUUAUCCCGUCAGUCUAUCUAACCAACUCUGGAGUAUGCGGCAAUCGAGUUCUCCAACCAGCGUCAAGAAUCCAAUCCUCGAACUCGGGAUCCAAUUUGCGUCAACGCCUAUCUUCUUCGUUUUCUUAUUCCUUGGCCGUCCUCGGGCUGUUAGUAACCAUCAACGGAUUCUAA